AUGCCAAAAGCACCACAGAAGAAGCGCAAUAGCGCAGGCAAGGCUGGGCCCUAUGCGCACGCCGCCGCCAAAACGAACGCUGCAAAUAGCAUCUUUCGUAUGAACACAGAUAUCGGUCAGCACGUCUUGAAGAAUCCAGGUGUCGCUCAAGCUAUAGUUGAUAAAGCAGAUCUGAAGCAAAGCGAUGUCGUCCUAGAAGUCGGUCCUGGUUCCGGGAAUCUUACAGUCAAGAUAUUAGAGAAAGCCAAGAAGGUCGUCGCAGUGGAAUUAGAUCCGCGAAUGGCGGCCGAAGUUACAAAGCGCGUUCAAGGAACGCCUGAGCAAAAGCGACUGGAAGUUUUACUUGGAGAUGUGAUAAAAACGGAUCUACCAUAUUUCGAUGUUUGCAUCAGCAACACCCCAUAUCAGAUUUCUUCUCCGUUAACCUUUAAACUCCUUGCAACCACGCCCGCUCCCCGAGUUUGCAUUCUCAUGUUUCAACGGGAAUUCGCCAUGCGACUCUUUGCAAAACCUGGGGAUAAACUCUAUAGUCGGCUAUCCGUUAACGCCCAGAUGUGGGCGAAAAUCGAUCAUAUCAUGAAAGUAGGCAAAAAUAAUUUCAAGCCGCCCCCCGCCGUUGAAUCGAGCGUUGUCCGUAUCGUCCCGAAGGUUCCCCGACCUGACAUUAGCUAUGAUGAAUGGGAUGGCUUGCUCCGGGUUGCAUUCGUGAGGAAGAAUAAGACACUACGGUCAAGUUUCCUCGGAACAUCUAGUGUUUUGAAUAUGCUAGAAAGCAACUAUACAACGUGGUGCGCUCAAAACGAUAUCCCCGUCGAGGUCGGCCCAGAGGAGGACGGCGAAGACGAAGUUAUGGGCGACGAUCAAGAGGAUGCUGACCUUGACGAGUUGAUGGACGUUGACGAUGACGAAAUCCCCGAUUUCUUUAAAGAAAAGCAUGAUCCAGCAUCACAGGCCGUCAAGACAAAACCCAGCAAAAAACGGGGAAAAGUAGCGAAAUUGGUUCGCGAAAAGAUAAGCGAGCAAGAAUGUGUGAUGAAGGCGACUUUUUAA